GUUAGUGACUCGGUGACACUGGAAUCGGCGGUUGCGGGUUCUUGUGCGUGCGCCGCGACACCGGAAAGGACAGGUUCGUCUCACCCUUUCGGACAACAGUCGAACGCCUAUGCAAUCUAUGGACAUUGUACGAGCAACAAGAUCACGAAGAAUUUUGUGCGCCCAUAAUACGUAUACGAGAAAAUGGCACGCGCCCCUCGCCAGCGAUUUGUUUACGCGCUACGCAUCAGUUAAGUCUUACGGAACAAGAGAAUCUACGUACUUUAGACCAUCUAUAAAUAACCGUGACUUCCAUCGAGGUUCGUAGACCUUUGAGUUCCUCGAGUUGAGAUCUUGCGAGCAGUCGACGACGGUUCGAGUGCACGUCCCUCGAGAUCGAUUAAUGAGAGAUCGCGAUGCAACACGUGACUUAACUAUCGACCCGUGUCAGUACAUCGUACGUGUUUGACGCCAGUCUCUACAGAAUCUUAUCUUGACUUUGUUGGUGAUUCGAGAAGGAGAAUCGUUUCCUGGAAUAGUCUACCAGGGCAACGAAAGAAAUCUGAGAUGCGAGUGUGACAGCAUAAAAGAGGAGGGUCGCUUCUUCGAGGGAAUUGAACGAAAAAGAAAGAUGGACACGAAGCAGCCGGAUAGUGCGCCGAGAGUUGGUUACAAUGGAUUAACAGAGAAGUAAAGUGAAGAUGUCACAAACCGCGGAUGCUGAAAGUGAAGCAGGCUCCAUCUGCGACGAGGAACGCGUUAGGAAGCUGUUCCAAGCAUGCGACGGCGACGGAGAUGGUUUUAUCGACAGCCAGGACCUGUUGACGGUAUGCAGAGAGCUGAAUCUGGAGAAUUCGGUGGAGGAGUUGAUGAGAGAAUUAGGGGCGGACGAGCACGGUCGCAUUUCCUAUCAAGAGUUCCUCAGACGACGUUUGGCUCUGCGACCGGAAAUCGAGGCUCUCAGGUCAGGCAAACAUCGGACUAGUCCUCACCACACGCACACGCCGGAAUAUUUGCCUACCAGCAGUGACAAUAGUCUAGGCACCGUGUCUGGCAGGCAUGAAAGUUGGGAAUUCGACAGCGGUGCACGCGAUCUCUCGCCAGAACCCCACACCCUUCAGAAGCUAGUCGAAGCUGCCGCAGGUGGAACAGGAAACAUGCUCGACUUGGCAAACAAGCUUCACGCUGCCGCACUGUCCUCGCUGCGAUCAGAGGUGGCCGAGCUGAACUCGAGGCUGGUGGCUGCGACUCGCGCGAGGGAAGCCGCCGAAGCUGCUUUGGUCCGAGCCGAGGUGCAAGCUGCAAGAGCGGAACAGAGGGCAGAGCAACAAGCGGCAAGGCACGAGGAGAGACUGACCGAGUUGCAUUCCGUGAUCGCAGAGCUAGGAAGACAGCUCGAGAGACAUCGGGCUACCGUAAUUGCCGAGGAAGAUGAGUCUGAAAUAGAAACGAGUAGAGACGCGGAAGGUUCCAUCACGAAUCCAGUCGAAGAGAGCGAAGCAGGAGGUGACAUUCAGGGCGAUGGAGAUCGCACCUUGGGCGAUGUCGAUUCCAGCUGUUGCGAGGAUAUCGAACCGCGUACUACAGAGAAUGGCAGAGAACAGUUGGACAGUCCAGCGGCACUACCAACUCCAGAACCAGCGCAACAGGCGAAUUCCUGUCAAAGCGUCGCUGUGGCAGCGUUACAGGAAGAGGUGACAGCCCUUCGAACGGAAAUUGCAAGCUUACAAUCUCAGCUGGCUACUUUUAAGAACCAAAGUAGCAAUCACAGGCAACAUACUGACAGUGACUCGCCACGUAGAGAAACUAGGACAAGAGGCAACACCAGCUCACCGGAACCUUUGAGUGCACCUUGCUCGCCACUCUUGCCACCCCUGCAGACACCGCCGACAAAGAGCGUAACGAGGGAGGAAGCUCCGGUUCUUAAAAUGGCCGAGAGGGUGAGACUCAGGAGGACGGACGAGAGGCACAUCACAGGACCCGAUAUUACCAACCUGGGAGUGUGCUCCACGAUGGUGGCCGAGCACCUGGUGUCGGAUCUCCUGGAGCACUCGAAUCUUCAAGAACUGAACGGGUCCGAGAAACAAUUCGAGGUCGAAACAGAAAGGUUGAACAGUAGGUUGGAACACGCUCGAGCAAAUAAUGCGGUGCUUGCAUUGACCUUGCACGAAAGCAAAGCACAAUGCGAUAGAUUGAGUCUUCUAGUUGGAAAGUACGAGUCGAACGCGACCGCCUUACGCUUAGCGCUUUCCUAUAGCGAUCGUGCGAUUGAAGCUUACGAUGUUCUGGUAGCACUGCUAGAAAGUGAAAUUGCUUUAUCGACAGAGAGAAACAGCAUUACGAUUGAUAAUAGAAGGGCAGCUGAACAUAUUGCUUAUCACGUUUUGAACAAGUUGGAGAACGAACGUAUGAAUACCCUGAAUUCUCCAUGGGAUGACAGUAUAGUUUUGUCAGACGAAUCUGAAGUAGCUUGGACCGUUGAAGAUGAACAGAGACUCAGAAGACACAUUAGCAGAUUGAAAGGAGAACGGGCUAUGGUCAGAUCAACUGCGGUAGAAUUAGAAAGCGUACACGCUGAACCCCUAAACUCUAAAAACACUAUCUCCCUCGCUGAAGCUCGAAAAUUAGAUUUAGAAACUGCCGUUCUUAUGCAGGAAUUGAUGGCUAUGCGAGAAGAUAAGGCAGAGUUACGGGCACGGGUUUUCUUAUUGGAGAAGGAACGAGCUACUAUAGAAUUAAAAUUAAACGCGCGCGACACGCAAAUCGCGGCUCAGCAUGCUGCCAUUGAACAUCUUCAGGGUCAACUCAGUGAUACCGAAGCCAUGCUGGCAAUGGCUACAAAUAAAGAUCGAGGCUUGAGCGAUAACGAGAGCGAAGGCAUGGAAUCGGAAUUAAUAGAGGCGUUAGGUCGAGAAGCUAGGCUUAAGGAACGUUUACAGGAGCUGGUAUCAACGUUGGAUAAAGUUAACAAAAACUCUGAAUUAAGGCAUCAACAGUCCGCUGAACUCGUUAACGAUUUGAAAAGAGCCAAUGGAGCUCUGGUGCAAACUUUAGAGAAAUCUAAGAAAAAAUAUCAGUCCAGGUUAAAAAAGUUGGAACAGCAAAUGCUAGGCAUGGUAGAGAGGCAUGCUGCACAGGUGAAAACACUAAAGCAACGAAUAGCAUUAUUAGAAGAGGAAUCGGCUGGAUACAGAACGAGUCUACCGCUUCAAUCACAAAGUUCUGGCGCCAGUGAGACGUCGUUAUGACAACUCAGUGAUUAAUGAAUAUGAUUUAACACCUGUUCGACAAGUAUUUUUACUACCCUUCCUGUCGUUACAGAAUGAUCGAAAUGAAAAUAAAAUUUACGUAUUUUUUUACAUGGAUAGUUGCCCAAGGAUAAUGCUUAAUUAUUCGCUUUUGUAAUUAUACAAAAAAAAA